AUGGUAUCAUCCCGGGAGCAUCAGGAUGCCACUGAGGAAAGUGAAAGUCCAGAGAACAAAGGGCUUUCAGCACAACAACAGACUGUGGGCUGCAAUGAGUCAGAUCAGCCACUGGAGGGGGCUAAGGCCUGCCUGGAGGAGCUGAAAGAGAGCCUGUACCAGAGGGAGAGAGAGAUUACUGAGCUGCUGGAGGCAGAGAGGAGCCCUGUCCCCCCUGUCCCUCUGCCUCCCUGCAGCGUUCUGCUUUCCACUGUCAUACACAAGGCUCAUGCUAUUUGCAUUGCAGUGGCUGAGACCAGAGCUCCUUUGGACCAGAUGAUUGAGGAGAACCGGGUCGCUCUGGUCGAAGCCAGAGACAAACUGCACCGCCUACAGAGGGCCAUAGACAGUAAUGACAAAGAGGACAAGACCACUGACCAAGAGGGGUUAGAUGAAUAUGAGUCACGUUUGUCUGUACUACAAGGAACAGUGAGGAGGUAUGAGGUAUCGCAACUGGCUUUGGACUGCAUCAAAACUGGAGAAAGCCCUGUCAUAAAUGACUGCGAUGCAGUCUCAGAACUGGAAGACAUCUUGGGACGAGGGACAAUCCAAACCACAGAGGGAGUGAAGAGUGUUGGUCAGCAACUUCUCUUGCUGCAGGAUCAGUUAAAGCAGGUUAAAGAAGAGAAAAAGAAAACAAUUGAGAACUACACUUUAGAACGGACAAUGAGGAAGAAGUACUACAAUAUGGUGGAAGACAUGAAAGGUAAAAUCAGAGUGUUUUGUCGGAUUCGACCAGUGAGCCGAACCGAGGUUAUGCAGGGUGGAGCCAUCGUUGUGGAGAAAAUAGAUGAUUUCUCUGUCACUGUGGAAACCCCUCGUGGGCAGAGGGAGUUUCAGUUCGACAAGGUGUUCAACGCUGAAGCCUCUCAGGAAGACCUGUUUCAUGACACCAACAGGCUGAUUCAGUCGGCUAUUGAUGGAUACAACGUCUGCAUCUUUGCAUAUGGCCAGACGGGCUCAGGGAAGACCUUCACCAUGGUGGGGGACAAGGAACAGAAGAACCCUGGGAUCAUGCCGAGAUCUUUUAAUGCCAUAUUUGAUAUGAUUCAGGAGAACAGCAAUAAAUUUGACUUCAAGGUUUCAGCCUAUAUGCUGGAGCUGUACAACGACAAGCUGCAGGACCUCUUUGUGAGCCUGGCUGGUGAGGCCCAUGGACAGCCCCAGUCCCAUGGCCAGGCCAGGCGGGUGGAGAUCAAGAGGAACAGAAAGGGGGUUGUGUUCGCCCAAGGAGCAGAGACAAAGGAGGCUUCCAGUGCCCAGGAGCUUUACGCUCUGUUCCAGCAGGCCUGCACCAACCGACACAUCUCUGCCACCAAGAUGAAUGUGGAGAGUUCCCGCUCACAUCUCAUCGUUGGCAUCAUGGUGGAAAGCAGGAAUCUGACCAACGGAAGUGUGAGCACCGGGAAGCUGAGCCUUGUGGACCUGGCAGGCAGUGAGAGAGCAGCCAAGGCUGGUGCCAAGGACGACCAGCUAAAGGAGGCUAACUCCAUUAACAAGUCUCUGAGUGCCCUGGGUGAUGUGAUCUCAGCCCUGUCUGCAGAACUGCCCCACGUACCAUACAGGAAUAGCAAGCUGACACAGGUGAUGCAAGACUCCCUGGGUGGAAAUGCCAAAACCCUCAUGAUCGUCAACAUCUCUCCUUCCGAAUACAACCUUGAUGAGACGCUCACAUCUCUCAUUUAUGCAACAAGAGUGAAGGCUAUAACCAACCAUGCUCAGAGAAAUGUGGACAGCAAAGAGAUUGCCCAGCUCAAAGAGGUGAUCAUGAAGCUAAGGUCAGGACAGACAGUGGAAGAGGAGGAUGUUUGAAUGGUACUGUAUUGACUGAAUUGAAUUGUGUACAAUGGUGGAGUAAAGUGUUGAACUGGGAUUGUUUAGACUAUUUCUUGUGGCCUAUCUUGCGUGCAUUGUUUAAGCUGUACAUGCAUAUGAAUUAGCAUAUAUUUUAAAUAAUUUAAAUAUUUAAUUUAGCCAAAAUGCUGAUUAAGCCUUUCACCGCCGGAUAAAUCUCUCUGUAUGUGCAUGAUAUCAGAGUUUUUAAAUCCUGCAUAUGUGCCGACAUUCCCAUGAUGGC